UCUGGCUCAGUCAUGAUCACAGGAUGGGAGCUCAAAUUGAAAUUAUCCCAUGCAAGAUCUGUGGAGAUAAAUCAUCAGGAAUCCAUUAUGGUGUCAUUACUUGUGAAGGCUGCAAGGGGUUCUUUAGGAGAAGCCAACAGAGCAAUGCGACAUACUCUUGCCCUCGGCAAAAGAACUGCCUCAUCGACCGAACAAGCAGGAAUCGAUGUCAGCACUGCCGGUUACAGAAGUGUUUGACAGUGGGAAUGUCUCGAGAUGCUGUUAAGUUUGGUCGGAUGUCCAAGAAGCAGAGAGACAGUCUGUAUGCUGAGGUACAGAAACAUCGUCUGCAGCAACAACAGCGAGACCACCAGCAGCAGCCUGGUGAAGCAGAGCCCCUGACCCCAACGUACAAUGGGCUGACAGAACUGAACAAUGACCUCAGCAAUCUUUAUAUGGAUGGGCACACGCCAGAAGUGGGCAAAGCCGACUCAGGAAUGAACAACUUCUAUCUGGACAUUCAGCCAUCCCCAGACCAGUCCGGUCUAGACAUCAAUGGUAUUAAACAGGAGCCGAUAUGUGAAUACGCAGCGGUCCCUGACUUCUUUCCCUACUGCUCCUUCACAAACGGUGAAAGCUCUCCCACUGUCUCAAUGACAGAACUAGAGCACCUUGCACAGAACAUCUCCAAGUCCCACAUUGAGACCUGCCAGUACUUGCGGGAAGAGCUGCAACAAAUAACAUGGCAGGCCUACGUGCAGGAAGAAGUAGAGAUUUACCAGAAUAAGCCCCGGGAGGUGAUGUGGCAGCUUUGCGCUAUUAAAAUAACUGAAGCAAUUCAGUAUGUGGUGGAGUUUGCAAAACGGAUCGAUGGAUUCAUGGAACUGUGUCAAAACGAUCAGAUCGUACUUCUGAAAGCAGGUUCUUUAGAAGUUGUGUUUGUCCGAAUGUGUCGAGCCUUUGACCCGCAGAAUAACACAGUUUAUUUUGAUGGCAAAUAUGCUGGUCCCGAUAUCUUCAAAUCAUUAGGCUGUGAUGACUUGAUCAACUCCAUCUUUGAAUUCAGUAAAAGUUUGUGCAUGUUGCAUCUCGUGGAAGACGAGAUUGCCCUGUUUUCUGCGUACGUGCUGAUCUCUGCAGAUCGUCUGUGGCUUCAGGAGAAAAUAAAAGUUGAAAAACUGCAACAGAGGAUUCAAUUAACACUCCAGCAUAUUUUGCAGAAACAUCACAGAGAGGAUGGCAUUCUGACAAAGCUGUUAUCUAAAGUGUCUACAUUACGAACACUGUGUAAUCGACACAUUGAGAAGCUGUCCUCAUUCAAAGCAAUACACCCGGACAUUGUGCGGGUCCAUUUCCCUCCGUUGUAUAAGGAGCUGUUCAGCUCCGAGUUUGAGCAGAUGAUGCCAACUGAUGGUUAAGUAUUGUCAUCAGAGGAGCUCGGAACCCCAGAAGUACCUGCAUCAAACAGUUGAAGAUAUUUUGCAUUUUUCCAACGCUGCACUGCAGUGGCCGUGCACAGCCCAGGAGAUUAACAAAAACAACAAAUUUCUUGGGCGGGGUGUUUAAUGGGAUGGGGCAGGGGGUGAAUUAAUAUUAGUUUCUUCGUGAAAGUUGAACUUGUUUUUCUCAUGCAUUUAGUUUGUGUAGAGCACAGCGCACAGUGACAUUAUAAUGCUGAGAAGCUAAUUUAGAGCAAAUCUUUUACAGGGUAUAUAGAGUAAAUACAGUGAACGUAACAGUUAUUAUCAGUAUAUCAUUUUAAACUUGAUGUGCUGUGAGACGAAAUAUGAAUCUGCAAUUUAAGCACUUUUUUCCCGAUUUGUACAUGAUAUGUUGUAUUUAUUAGUUCUGUUAAUAGGACGUGCACAAGAAAUACAAGUUUAACAGUUGAGUAUAUGGAGGGAGGUUCGGAGUUUUAGAUGCUGCUGUUAGGUUGAUGUUUGUUUAUAGUAGGAAUGCCCACAUACUUAGUUUGAUUUACAAACACAAUCCAAUUUCCAUAGUCUGUGCGGCUGAUUAAUGUGUCAUUGAUUCAGAUUAAGAAUGGUACGGUGAAGGGUAAUGGAAUCAAAAUGAUUUAUAAAAUAUGAAGCCUUGUCUGGACCACUUUAGAGAGAGUUCUAUUUUUAUAACCCUGGUAUGAAUAUUAGGAAGCACUUAAAAUAUUCCUGCAAUAAAAGAGACGUGAUUUGUGCAAGACAAUGUUUUUUGUAAGGCAAGCCAACAAUAGAAAGAAGUGUUAUUUUCUAAGAGCUUGGUGUUAUUUUCUUGUGAGAAUAUGUCUGGUCUAGUGAAAUCUUUUUGAUUAAUGUGCCACAGUGUAAGUGUGUUUCUGCUAAUGAGCAACACAAGUCUUUUUAAUCUUGAAAUGGUGGUUUCCUUGUGAAACAACAUUCCAAAAGAAACGCAAAAAUGUAGAAACGUCUAAAGUAAGUGUUUGUGUGCGCAUGCGUGUAUGUGUCUGUGUGUGUGUGUGAAUGAUCAGUCUGUAUCACUGUUGCUUUUUGCACAUUAACUUCAUUCCUUGGUAGUGCAAUAUGUACAAAGGGUACUUGCUAGUGUACAUUUAACCCCUCAGGGAAGAAAAAAAAAACGUGUUUGUACAGUCUCUUAUUCUGCUAAGGGCUGUUGAGUAGAUCAUUUUGUGUGUCUGUGUGUGAGGCAGUCAGUCUGGCUCUAAUCCUGGAGUGAGUCUGGAUUCAGGAGUCAGGCCACUGUUUGUUUGAAAUGCUCCAAAACAUGUUGAUUGUGCAACGCUCCUGGCAAUUGCUGUUACUGUGAAAGACAAUCCAGAAUUCUGAUUAAAUGAUAAGAAUCCUAGGAAGAAAAUCUUGAAGGUCCGACAGAAAUCAGAUAGAGGGUUUGAACUUAUUUUAGCUCAGGGAUAAUUUAGAUUAUAAUGAAGGUGUGGAAUGGUCAGUAUUUCUUGUAACAGUAAACACAGCAAAGGUAUUCAGGCCCUUAGAAGUUGCAAACUGAAUCAACAGUAAUAUUGCCCACCUUAACUUUUGGAGGCAAUUUAUUGGGCAGUGUCUGGAAGCCACUAGAGUUAUUACAGACAGUUGCAAUUUUGUUUUUUAUAGAGGGAGAGCUGUUAGCGAAGGCUUCUAUGGAAUAUCGAGUGAAUCCUAGAUUUACAAUCUUGGCAAUCAAAGCACUUGAUCUGCUGUUUUAACCAUUUACUGAUGCAUGUUAAAUGAGAGCACAUGUAGGUCUCUAUCUCCCUCACGUUCACCAACACUACACCAGCUCAAACAGCAUUCUGGUAUUUUCCAUCUCCCUGAGCCCAGGAAACCGAUGAAAUGGGCAUUUCCAAAUUGGGAUGGAGUGCAGUACAAGAUCCAGUCUGGCACUUGGGAAAGGAGGGAAGAGUUGAAUCAGUGUGGAGAAUCAAUUUGCAUCUUGGAUCCAUCUGUUACCCCCUCCCAGGACAGAGGAACCAGAUCCCGGAGAUAAAUAUAAUUGAUUAACAAGUAGACAACAGCCCCUGUAGAAAAGGAGUCCAGUCACCAUCUUCAACUCUAUCUCCAAAGUGGAUUGAGCAAGUGUGGGCCGCAUGGUAUUAGAGCUGUUUAUCACCAAAGUACAGGUCUCAGUUAGAGGAGGCACAGGCUGCAAAUUCCCAGGAAUUUGGAUGAGACUUUAUAUCUGUUUAUCAGAAGGGUCACCAGCUGUGCAUCUCCAGAAGCUUUCCUGAUUCCUCCAACCAUUCUCUCCUUUGGAUCCCCCCGUAACCCAUCCAUCCUUUGUCAUUCCCCAUACCCACUUGUUGUGGCCUGCUAUUGUGGCCAACCCACAUAUCCUUCCUAUCGGAGUCUGGACCUCUUGCUGCUACCCUUGGUCACCUUGACCCGGCACACCUACUGGGCAUAUGGCCCCGACGGCAUACAGUGUCGAGUGAACGGGCUCUUCAUUGCACAAUUGGAUGAUCUGUCACUCGUAGAAUCCUCUACAGUGUGGAAACAGGCCAUUUGACCCAUCAGGUCCACACCAAUCCUC